CCCGCCCCUCACCCCACCUCCUCCACGCCCCUCCCCCCUCCUCCCCUCUGGUUGGAAAGUUUCUAGAACCCCUUCCCGGCGGCCCUUGCGGUUCCAACAUGGCGGAGCUGACGGUGGAGGUUCGCGGCUCUAACGGGGCUUUCUACAAGGGAUUUAUCAAAGAUGUUCAUGAGGAUUCCCUGACAGUUGUUUUUGAAAAUAACUGGCAGCCUGAACGCCAAGUUCCAUUUAAUGAAGUAAGAUUACCUCCUCCUCCUGAUAUAAAAAAAGAAAUUAGUGAAGGAGAUGAAGUAGAGGUUUAUUCAAGAGCAAAUGACCAAGAACCAUGUGGAUGGUGGCUUGCAAAAGUUCGGAUGAUGAAAGGAGAAUUUUAUGUCAUUGAAUAUGCUGCUUGUGAUGCCACUUACAAUGAAAUCGUCACCUUUGAACGACUUCGACCUGUCAAUCAAAACAAAACUGUCAAAAAAAACACCUUCUUUAAAUGCACAGUAGAUGUUCCUGAGGAUUUAAGGGAGGCGUGUGCUAAUGAAAAUGCACAUAAAGAUUUUAAAAAAGCGGUUGGAGCAUGCCGGAUUUUUUACCAUGCUGAAACCACACAGUUAAUGAUACUGUCUGCCAGUGAAGCAACUGUGAAGAGGGUCAAUAUUUUAAGUGAUAUGCAUUUGCGAAGUAUUCGUACCAAGCUGAUGCUUAUGUCAAGAAAUGAAGAAGCCACCAAACAUUUAGAAUGUACAAAACAAUUGGCAGCAGCAUUUCAUGAAGAAUUUAUUGUGAGAGAAGACUUAAUGGGUCUAGCAAUAGGAACCCAUGGUAGUAAUAUCCAGCAAGCUAGAAAGGUUCCAGGAGUCACAGCAAUUGAACUGGAUGAAGAUACUGGAACAUUUAGGAUCUAUGGAGAGAGUGCUGAUGCUGUAAAAAAGGCUAGAGGUUUCUUGGAAUUUGUGGAGGAUUUUAUUCAGGUUCCUAGAAAUCUAGUUGGAAAAGUUAUUGGGAAAAAUGGCAAGGUGAUUCAAGAGAUUGUGGACAAAUCUGGAGUAGUUAGGGUGAGAAUUGAAGGAGACAAUGAAAAUAAACUCCCAAGAGAAGAUGGAAUGGUCCCAUUUGUAUUUGUUGGCACUAAAGAAAGCAUUGGAAAUGUGCAAGUUCUUCUAGAAUAUCAUAUUGCUUACCUAAAGGAAGUAGAGCAGCUACGAAUGGAGAGACUCCAGAUUGACGAGCAGCUCCGGCAGAUCGGUAUGGGUUUCAGACCCUCCUCCACCCGAGGGCCUGAAAAGGAAAAAGGAUAUGCCACUGAUGAGAGUACCGUUUCUUCUGUACAAGGUUCUAGGUCUUAUAGUGGAAGAGGCAGAGGUCGUCGGGGCCCUAAUUAUACAUCUGGUUAUGGCACAAACUCCGAACUCUCUAAUCCCUCCGAAACAGAGUCCGAGCGUAAAGAUGAGCUGAGUGAUUGGUCACUGGCCGGAGAAGAUGACCGAGAGAGCAGGCACCAGCGGGACAGCCGGAGACGCCCUGGAGGGAGAGGCCGAAGUGUUUCAGGGGGUCGAGGGCGUGGGGGGCCCCGUGGUGGAAAGUCAUCAAUUAGCUCCGUGCUUAAAGAUCCGGACAGCAAUCCUUACAGCCUGCUGGACAACACAGAAUCUGACCAGACUGCAGACACUGAUGCCAGUGAGUCUCAUCACAGCACUAACCGCCGCCGGCGGUCUCGCAGACGGAGGACUGAUGACGAUGCUGUCCUUAUGGAUGGGAUGACAGAGUCAGACACUGCUUCUGUUAAUGAAAAUGGUCUAGAUGAUAGUGAAAAAAAACCCCAGCGACGCAAUCGUAGCCGCAGGCGUCGCUUCAGGGGUCAGGCAGAAGAUAGACAGCCAGUCACAGUUGCAGAUUAUAUAUCCAGAGCUGAGUCUCAGAGCAGACAAAGAAACUUGCCAAGGGAAACUUUGACUAAAAACAAGAAAGAAAUGGCAAAAGACGUGAUUGAAGAGCAUGCUCCUUCAGAAAAGGCCGUCAAUGGCCCAACGAGUGCAUCUGGCGAUGAAGCAUCUAAACUGCAGCACGGCCCUGAAGAAGAGAAGUCCAGCAUCUUGAAAGAAGAAGAGAAUUCUCCUGAGGAAGCCGCUGUGCUCAACGGCGUGUCAUAAACUGAAGUUGCUAGUUUACAGUUCUUUUACAUUACAUUUUACAAUAGUGCUCGUACAGCUUGCCAAAGAUAGGAUAUGGAUCGCCAGUCUUGACACCGCACUUUCAGUUCCUCCAUUUGGAAUACAGAAAGGGGAGGGAUCCUGAAGAAAUCAUAUGUUAAAACAUUCUUUGACACCUACUGUGUUAUAAAUAUAUCAUCAGAUGUGCCUUGAGAUAGUAUAUGUAACAUUAAAAAGAAUUGCUGGCUAUAGGAAAUGUUAUUUUGUUUUCGAAAUAUGGCAGAGAUGGGGGGAGGGGGGAUCCCUAACGUAAUAUUCUUUAUGAAAGCAUUAGCUGCUUUUGUUACAUUUUUAAUAAUAUGCAACCACUUCUUCACCUGAGGAAAACUAGAACGAAAUGCAGUCUAAAAUAUUUUGCACUGAAUUGUAAUUUCUCCAUUAGUUUAGUCUGGAAACUGGUCUGUUUUAAUACAUGUUUUUUAAAUGCUGUAUGUAGAGGAAAAGCUGCAGACCACUGGAAUACAUUUGUUAAAUUCUCAAACUGCAGGGACACUGGGUGAUAUUGGCAGUGACUGUUCUACAUUGAGGCUUUGUUUGGUUUAUUUAUUAAACUGUACAGUAUUUAAAAAUCAAACAUAGCUUUAGUUAAAACACUAAGCUGAAUUAGUCAUGUCCAUUCAGACAUAACCUGAACUACUGAAAAGAUCAAUUUCCAGAAGGUUUAUUCUGUAUAAACUACAUAUGUUAGUCCUUAGUAGAGUAUUUUUAUUUUUGUUUUGGUUGUUUGAUGUGCAAUAUGUUUUUGUAUGCAGGUAGUAAAAAAUAAACUUUGAUCUUCCAUUUGCUGGA